AUGGUGGCGUUUGAGCUGAAGGAGGAAGAGGAGAUGGCCCUGCGCUUUGCUUGGAUAGUUUUUAUGGUGUGUUGUAGUUGCCGACAACCAAAUUGGGUACUGCGAAGACGGCGGGCAGACUACAUGCAAGUACAGUUCUUCUGCUGUUUGGAGCAGUUACCUAGUCGACGGAGGGAAGAUGAGGUCGUACUUGACACUUGA